UUUUCGAGUUUUAUCAUUGUUUAGUUUACAUCUGAAUUGCCCAAGUUCGAUUGAUUAGCCAGCGUCUUGCUAAUUUUUGACGGUUUACCAACUAUUGGUUCAACUGAUUGAAUUAGAAGUUCGGUGGAUGAAUAUAUGAACUGUAGUAAGUAAGUGGGUGCCGUGCGCUACCCACUCGUGACCUUCCUGCCCGCCUCCUCAGACCAGGUCCUGUGGUGCCACUGAGAGUCUUGCUAAAGUGAGCCAACUGCACACCUUAUCGUGCAUCACGUAUCGAGUGGCCGCAUGGAGAGAUCUCACAAGUUCAAGCUACGCAGCGAAUAUGUCAAAUUUGCCGUAAUGCAAUAAAAAAGCGGCUCAUCACCCGCACAAGAUGCCCAUUGCCUCCAGUCCUGCACCUUCGGACGGCAAGCACCUCCUCUCUGCCCCCCAGCAGCUCGAUAACCGGCACUUGGCGGUUUCUAACCUCUCUCGCAACGACUCCCUGCGCUCUGAACGCUCCGAUAAAAGAGUGUCGUUCAACAACGACGUAGGAAUCAAACACAUACCACGUGGAGCAAAUAAAGCCCCUGCACCCCCAGUUCCUCAAAAGUCCCCUCCCACACCCGACGAGUGGGCUGGCUGUGCCCCUGUAAAACGUCAGCCCAAUAAUUUGACGCCCGAAGAACUUGAAAAAGAAGCGGCGCAUUUGGUACAAAUAGUAGACAGCAUUAAUUGCAAGGCAUCGCCCUCAACGCCAAAAAAGAACAGAGAAUUUAGCAGCCGUUCACUUGACCGAACACAAAACCGAAACAGAGAAGUAAACGGAAUAAAUUAUACGCGAAUUACCAAUCCUAUCAUCAGGCAUUUGAAAGCCGACGUUAAUCGACGGGAGAGCCGCCGCAAAGAAGAUUUUUCCGACUCGGACAUUGACAAAUAUCGUGAAGCUCGGCACAAAUCUGUCCCGAAUCUACUUAGCCCAAACGCGUACGAGAAAACGUCAAGGUCUGACUACCGCUCUCCUAGCUUGGCUAAGUCUUCAGACAAUUUGGUGGACACAGACGAUGUGAAUUUAAAUACAAGAGGGCACGACCGCAGGCCUCCGCAUAUUUCUCAUCUAUCAGCCGACAAUUUGCUUGACGUAGAGCCCAAGCACACGACCUUGAACGAUUAUAAAUCUCUAGGGAAUAUCCAAUACUGUGAUUCUGAUUCAACUGAUUUGUCUCACACGUACAGGCCAAAGGUGAAUCAGAUUAUCGGUAGGUUAAACGGGAAUCCAGUACCUGCCCACAGGUACACUAACAGCGACGUGAGCACUAGUGAACGAGAGUCGUCUCCAUCUCGGCGCCCAGUGGCCCCCACCAGACGUCUUCGUCAUAACAACAACAAACCCUUCAGCUACGUUCAACCCAACAACAAUCCUAAGAAGUUGCCUAAUCCCCGUGAAGUAGAGUCGGACGAAAUGUACGCACAAGUUAAUAAGCACGGUUUGCGGCAGAAGCUCAGUAUGGACUCGGAUUAUUCUGCAAAGAUAAUAAUCACCGAAGAUCGGCCAAAGAAUCCGUAUGAAGGUGAUGACGAAGCGUACGAAACCUAUCAAGUUCAAAAUAACUCUUUUCGUGACAAUAGAUACUCUGACUAUGGAGUAAAUCUAACCAGAUAUGAUAUUGACGGGAAGAAUAACACGUUGAACAACAACAUCAAUAUGUCAUCAGUUGCGGUGCAAACUGACAUGUCAAAAUCUCUCAACAAAGAAAGACGCCCUUUGAAAGGCAUGGCGCCAGCUCCACCUACGAAAGAGGCUCAUUCUGAGCCAUAUCGACAUGAUAGAAAUUUGAAAUCUGACUUGCCUUCGGCUGAUCUGGUGCGUCAAAUCAAUCACGGAUUUGGUAGAUUCGAUAGAUCUCCUUCUCCUCCCCAACGACGGGCCUUUAGCAAGUCGAACACUCGGCACGUAGUGCCCCUUCUGUCCGACACUUCUGACUCGGAGCCCGAGUACCGCAGGCGAUCGGACCCUCUCAAGAAAAUACGUACCCAGGUUCUUAAAGAAGGACACUUGCAAGAAGAUGAAGCGGAAGAAUGGGAGGAGCGCGAGAUGUUGAGGGAGCAGAGAGAUAAGAGAAUAUUGGAUUUCAAUCCAAAUGGCAUGCGGCCUCUAACAAUUGAUGAGGUGGAUGCAAUGAGCUUGGAACUGGAUCCACAUGGCAGUCGAAGACUCGUAGUAUCGCAAAAAUCGAAUGACGUGCGCUCUUCUAGCCUACAAACCACCCACCGAAACGACUUUUUCCAGUCUCAAGGAGAACGAGCUUACAGUGAGGAAAGAGCGAAAGCAAGUAGACCGCUGCGCGAGCGCAGUCUUUCUAGUAGAGAUGUUUCGUCCCCUAGGGAUAAAACUCUUGAACGUAACCAAAAGAAUAAUCUUGAAAAAGAAAAACUUGCGCAGGAAAAAGCGGCCAAAUUGAUCGAAAAUGAAAAUGAAAAGAAGUUAAAAGACACACUUAAGUUUAAAAACAAAGACAAGAAAGGCAAGGAACAAAAGGAAAAGAAGAAGAAAAAGAUCAAAAUUAAGUUUUUUUACGAUCCAAGACCUCAAGAUAAGCAAGAAGAUCCUCUUACUAAUUUUUCUGAAUACAAAGGUAGUGACAGGAAUGAAAACGGGAAAGUCACACUUUCUAAAACUCGAUCACGGUCAUAUGAUUCGCGUUCUCCAUCCCGUGAACGUAAAACCGGCCCAUCAACAUCAUCGAAUCGUCGCUACAUCGAUGACUCUUCCAAAGAUCGAUCAGAGUCUCGUCCUGGAAGAGGACGUAAUCCAAUGACUUCAAACAAUCGACACAGCGAAUCUGGCAAUGACAGAUCGUCUCAUGAAGACUUCCACGACGAUCGGAGACGCGUUAAGAGUAGCGACUCGCUUGCUAGGAAAGACCGUUAUGGAAGUCCCGACAGGGAAGGCCGCUGGAACAGAUACGAGUACGAACGUCAGGAUAAUGGAAAUCGCAGUGGUAACAAUAGGAGCGAUAAUGUGUACGAUAGGGAGCCAGAAAAACGAGAUAACUAUGAUUACUACGAAGAUUACAAUGGACGUGAAGGCUACAGAAACGUUUUCUUACAGCGCCGUGAAACUUAUGAACAGCUCGAAAACAGAAAUGAACGCAAAGUGUUAAGUGAUACACGGCGAGAAAGAUCUCCGGAGCGUCAGAAUGCUACACUCAAGAGGGACUCCAAUGGUCCUCGUGAUGAAGAAAACACGAAGCGAUAUGACGAAAAAAAUGUUUCGAGUCCGGAUGAGGACGGCAAACAAGAGCGCGUAAUGCGCCAAAGGAAGAAGUUCCUCUCAGCUCUGAUGGUAGACGGCAGGGCAAAGAGCAGCAACCCUCCUUCCUCGAACAUCAAAACCAUUCCUUCAAAUGACUACAAGACCUCGAAUCUGAAGAGGUCGCAGUCAUCCGUGCAUGACGCCAUUGACAGACAAUAUGAAACGCGCGACGUUGACCAAGAGUCGGACCCACAACCUCCACCCUCGAUCGCCUCGAGCCAGCCUAAGGUGCCUUCCAAGAAAACCAGUGCUCCUAAAGCUAAGAAGAAAAAGAAGUCAUGGUCGUGGGGAUUUUUGGGCCUUCGUUCCAAUAAAAGGAAGAAAGUGUCGCGGCCAUCAAGUCGAAUUGGAAGUGAUGCCGGCGGCUCGAACUUGAAAAGUACACCUUUGAAGCGAACAAAUAACCAACACCUGCUGAGCGAUCGACCGACUUCCAGAGCAUCUUCACACAGGAGCUCUUCACGCCCCCUUAGGCCUUCGGUGCGGGCGUCUAAAAUACGUAAAGACGUCGGAAGUCGAGGCUGGACCUCGCGAACGCAGGACCAGCGCGAGACACGGCAAUGGGAAAGCACAACACUGCAACGUUCAAAGGCGCGCAACCCUCCCCGGGGAUCAAAGGAUUACUACCAGCGACCCACAAAUUCCAGAGGCCCCAGACGUAUUUCUGAUGGCUCAUCAGGCUCUAGUGCGUCACCACGUCAGGUAAAACCCGUUCAGGUUGGUCGAAAUCCGAGUUUCAAGCAACGUUAUUUCGGAGAGAGCGACCGCGAGAUGACUCGAGACGGUCGGUCCAGCGGUCCAGGCGACUACAGGAGUUUGCCUGCGCGCUCAUCGCGCUCGCCCAACAAGAGGCCGACGCGAGGAGGUUCGGCGGGAAGUUCGCUACAGAGCAGCGAAAGUGAGAACGACAGCCACCAGGGCUCAAGAGCCUCUCAUGUUUCCACUGGAAGCAACCGCUCAGUCUACUUGCACGCCACGGCCGUUGCCGACAUACCUGUUCAAAGAGACGGAGAAUCUGAUCGCUCGGGCGUGCAGCGCCAGGCCAAGAAGGUAACUCGGUCUUUCUCACUCCUUGCUCCGUGGAAGCCGAGGCAUCCUCGGGAGCCGCACCACAUCGAGUAUGACAGCCGAGACACGCGUCACGCUAAGCCACCGCGCCCUCCACGCAAAACAGUCGACACCGUCGGUCGGUCUCAGACUCUCACAAACAAAGAUUCGAAACUCUCAGGUUGGCUUAAGAAGAAGAAGACCAAGGAAGGCAAAGGUAUAUAAAGUAUUUUAAGUACAUGAUUUUCCCGUCAAUAUCAAGUGUUUUGCCACAGUUGCCAGAUGUAACAGGAGUUCAUUGCAAAGUAUAUAGGAUGUCACUGCUGGCAGUUGUUGCAGGAACAUCUAGGUAAAUAAUGCGUGUCUAAUAAUAAUAAAAAAAGUUACUCACUGUAGUGAAGUUUUUUUUCUUAGUCACGCAAUUAAGUUUACUGCUGAUAUGUCAUAACCUGUAUAUUAUCUCGAUUUUUGAAGCACUAAACCACAGUAACGUUAUUCAAGGUUACUGAAAGUGAGAUCUUAGAGAACCAGACUUAAAUCUCGAUCAGUAAUGUGUACAUAGGGUUAUACUUACAAAUUUAUAUGAUGUUCAGAUGUAAUAAUGUUAUGACUAUAUUAAAUCUUCUACGAGCUAGAGAAGUUUACUCCGUUAUUGCUUCUAUGUUUUAUCAUGCAGCAAGCAUACGUUUACCUGCAGAGUGAUCACAUUAAUGACCAGAUUCAUUUCAUGAACCGUUAUUCAAUCAAUUUUGAUUAAACCUAUGUUCGUUCAAUGGUAGAAUUGAUGACAUUGUAAAUGAUCACGGUAUUCAAUCCGUCUUGUAAGCACUAAUUAGAUGGAAAAAGAUACAUUAGUAGUAGGUUGUGCAAGCAUUGUUUUCCGUAAUAGUUCUCACAUUUACGAAAUGAAUUUAUUAGAGAUUUACUUAUCUUGAAACGCGUAAGAAAAUUGCAGUGUGCUCCCGGGAAGAUAUACAUACAGCACUGUUACUGGGUUAGUUGAAAAUUAAACAGAUUGUCAAAUUUUAGAGCUAGUAAACAAAUUUUCUACAAUACCAUAUGAGAGCUGUCUAUGUUUUAGCUUGGAUCUUGAUCUAUUUUACAGCCUUAUUAACUUUUCAGUCAUUAAUAUUUACUGUAAGCAUUGAAAAAUGUUGUAAAUAAAAAUUUAACAAUCGA